AAAAAAAACUGGAUUUGACACCACAGAAGAAGAGCAAAAGAGACAUGUUGAGCUGAGCGGCGUCCUCGAGGCAGACGGUCCUGUCUGACGCGUCAACCAGAGGACCGCAGGCUCACAGCAUGGUGGAUGCCAGCACAGCUUUCAGGAUGAACCCGCUCGCUGCCCUCAGCAUCGACCGCAACGCUCUGGUGGGGGAAAACCUCCGCCCCCAUGGAGGAAUUUUCUAUCCUGGCAUCCAUCCUCUCUCUGCAGAAAAGCCCCAGGAGCCGGGCACUUCCCUCCCACUUGGCUAUGAUCUCCUUUACAAACCAGAUGUAACCCUGCUCAAUGGCCAGAAAUCUGCAAAUGGGUAUAUUGGACUUUAUAAGAGCCCACCACCAGGGCUGCAGAAGCCCCUGGUAGUCCCUGUUGCAGGAGGUGAUGGCCUGGGUCUGGACCGGCGAGUCGGACCCAAUGAUAAGUCAUCAGAACUUGGCCUGAAUGGCGCCAGCAGCUUCCUGAGAUUACCUUGGAUCAGCCCUUAUGCUGAUGCGACAAUGUACCCCUUCCUGGACAUGGCUUACAAGGCCUCCUUCUUGUCCCAGCCAUCCCCCUUCAUCCACCAGCAGUUGGCAUAUCAGUCUUUGUGCGCCGCUGGGGCGGGAAGCAGCACACCUGGGGAAGACAGACUUUUCUACCUGCCUCCUUAUGCCCCAGUCCAUAUCUCCUCCCAGCUAGGCCCUCCAAUCAGGAUCCCUACAGCCCCUCCAGCUCCUGCUGUCCUUUCACCCCUGGCCCAUUGCCAGGACAAGGCCUUGCAGGGUCUUGGUUCUCAGGUACAUCAGGAACCCUCUGCCUUCAGCACAAGUCCUCAGAUCCACCAGGAGCCCCAGACUCAAGCUGUUCGCCACACUGAGCGACAACAUGGCAGCAGUAGCAGUGGUGCAAAGUCCAGUCAGCCCACUUCUACCAAGAGCAGUCUGAGUAGCAGCAAUGGUGGAAGCAGCAGUGCCCCUGUAAGCAGUUCAGCAAGCACAGCUGCCCUAGAGUCACCUCCAGUAUCCCAACAUCCAGGCUCAGUUGCCCCACCUCAACCCCUCAGCAACACCACUGCAGACCUCCAAAAGUCCCUUUACAGGAGCACGUCCUCAUCCUCAACUUCACUUUCAGUAUCACAUCCCUUCUACAUGAGCAGCCGGAGCUCUGAGCACAGCUCUCCCAUGCGCUCAGGCAGCAACAAAACCAAAGAUGCCAGCUCAGACCGCUGUAGUGCAGAGAAGUGUAAAUCACCUGCAAAGACUUCACUGGACAGAGCUGUACCUCAAAUGCCUGCCAAAAACCCUGGAGAAAAACCUUUGGAUCUGUCAGCCAAAGAGUUGGAAGGAUUCCCAAAUGGAUUCCCAUCCAAAUUAGAGGCCUUGGCCAAAUUGGGGUAUUUACCACCAUCCCGAUUCGGGCUGCUAGCGAGCCAGGAGCAGCACUUAAAAGAGGGUCUAUCCCCUCCUGCUAGUACAUCAGCAAAGACUCCAGAUCGUCCUGAGAUGAUCAGCACUGCACCCCCCCCUUGGGUUGUCCCGGGUACAUCCCCAGCAAUCACUUCUGACCACAACAAAGGCUCCCAAAUUAUGAAACACAAGAAUGUAGACAGUGUUACUCAUCAGUCACAGCCUCAGAGCUCACCUGCCUCGACAACAGUUGAAGUGAACAGUAUCCCCAGCCCUGCCUCAGUGGGAAGACCUUCUGCAUCAUCCCCAUCUGUAAAGUCCAAAGCUGAAUGGUCACGAGUUCCUACUGAUACUGAGAAAAUCCCUCCAAACAGUAAAGGAGAAACUCGUACAUGCUCUGGAAAACAGACCAUAUCUUCAGCUAAGUCAGACACUCAAGAGAGCCAACCUCAUCCACAGCAACAGCAGCUUCGGAUAGAAAACGGAAGCACCACAAACCAAAUCUACAGUGACUCAUACCUUCCUCCUGGCUUAGGUUACACUAAUCGCUACAUCCCAUACUCAGUUGCUGAGAAUAUGUCCCUGCAACGCAUGUCCAUGCAAGGCAAAGGACCUGUCUAUCCCCACCCAGUCCUGCUUGGCAGCAGCAGCUUUUACCCCCCCCGUGUCGCAUCAAAGCAUGGCCUUCCAUAUGGAGUACAUCCAAACCAGGCUGACUUCAUGACAUACAAGAAUUCCAAGGGGAUGGCCCACCCAGGUCUUGACCGACUUGAGACACAGGAUAAAACCUGGAAUGCAGAACCGUACAGGAACCAGGAAAGACCAGAAGCUGACAGCUCCCACAAGUGUGACAAUGAGAGAGACAAGUCCACAAACCAAACUGUAAAAGCUUCUACUGUCAGAGAUGACAUAGUUUGUAUUGACCUGGUGCGUGAUGAGGCCGAUGAAGAUUUGUCCACCAACAAGCACAGCUCCACAUUUACCAGAAGAGAAGAUUCUUCAAAGCAUGGUGGUGGUGCUUGUAACCACAUCCAAGAAAGAGAUCCACGGCCUCCAAAGGCCCUCCCCCCCAGCCAGGCUGCAGAGCACAGACAAGGAUUACUACCCCACACUUCCCAGUCACAACCUCCUCAUCACAACUCUUCACCUCCUCCCACUAGUGAGGAGAUCCCAGAGGAGAUCCCGGAAGAUGAAGAGCCACUGAGUCCAGUCUCAGAUAUCCCAGAGGAGCAGACAAUGCGCUGUGCCCGAACUUCUCCACAACAGUUCUCAAGAAAAUGUAAAACUGGAGCCUCUGAUCGCACCGAGGACGUGACAGAAGGUGGCACUAGUGGUGGGGAUGAUGGUGCUGAAGGGAAUAGCACUAAUAAUGACGUUAAGUCGGUGACCCCAACUAAUAAAAAUGUUAAUCUUGAGCAAAGCCCUUCCAGACAUGGUAACUCAUUAGGUUCUGUUUGCAAAGAAAGUUCUUCUAGUGACUGUACCAAUUCUAGCAGCAUCAUGGGAGCAGUGUGUACAGUCAGCAGCCCCAGGAGUCCAGGUUAUGAGGGCAACUGUCAUUCAGACAGUCCAGUUUGCAGCAGUGAUAGAGAUUUUAGUCCCCAGGUCCCAGCAUGCAGGAGUUUUAAUCCCAGGGUCCCAGCCGGUGGGGUCAUGAGUGUUAACAUGAACCCAAAAGGUCCCAUGUGUAACAGUGGAGAUGUCAACAGUCCAAAUUUCGUCAACAGAAGUUUUGUGGGUCCGUGUUGCAGAAAUUUGCCUCUGAGGACUCCAACUUGUGAACCCAGAAUUUUCAGCAGUCCAACUCGUGGAAAUACCAACCCUGUGGCUCCAAACUGCAGGAGCAUCAAUCCUGGAUUUACAAAUUGUGAAAACCGCAAUGUUGUGCGCCCAACGUGUGGAAACAUCAGUCUUAGGGUUGAGAAUAACUUUAGUGGUCUGAGUUGUGGAAAUAGCUUCUCUAAGGGCCAGGUGUUUGGAAAUAACCAAACCUGUGUAAUUAACAACUCCAGGGUUCCAACAUAUGGAAACAAUUUUCCUCGGGGCCCAACCUGUCGGCAUCUUUCACCUGGCAAUCCGACCAAUGCUGGCUUUACCAGGAUGCCUGCGGACUUAACUCAAGAACCACCAGUUGAUAAAGACCUAACACGUGAAGGCCUUUCCUCCAGUGAGACAGGGCCCAGGAAAGAGACAUCAAACUCCGUCCUCGCCACCACCAGCAGUGGAGACGAAAAGACAAACUUCCAGGACAUCAUGAAUCUUGACGAGGAUGACGGCCCCGGCGGCAGCAAGUGCCGGCGCUCCGGUCUCACCAGGCGCAUCGCCAACUCAUCCGGCUAUGUGGGGGACCGGUUUAAAUGCGUCACCACGGAGCUUUACGCUGACUCCAGCAAGCUCAGCAGAGAGCAGAGAGCGCUCCAGCGUGCAAUGCUGCGUUUCUCUGAGCUGGAGCUGAAGGAGAAAGAGGGAGGAGGAGAGGAAGAAGAAGAAGAAGAAGAAGAAGGAGAAGAAGAAGAAGGGAUGACAGCAGCGGCGAUGGCAGCAGCAGGGGAGAAGGAGCUGGCAGACGGCCAGCAGGGAGACGGAGGGAGGGAAGAAGAGGAGGAGGAGGGGGAGGAGGAGGAGGAGGAGGGGAAGAAGAAAGAGGGAGGAGGAGGAGGAGGAGGAGGAGGAGGGUGGGAGCGCUGCCAGCAGAGCGAGGGGAGGCGAGGAGGAGGAGGAAGAACUCCCUCUGCAGCCGCCGCCGAGGCACCGAGAGGUUUACAUCCAUCCUGCCCUCACAGUCGCUUCCCCGUCCUGCCGCUGUGUCGCCAGUCCGAACACCUCCCAGUCCUCCGAGAGAAGGACGACGGCUCGACGCAGGAGGAGGAGAAGAAGAAGAAAGAUGAAGAACAUGAAGAGAAGAAGAACGAGGAGAGGAGUUUUGUCUCACAGCCGGAACAACAACAACAACAAAGGUUUCUGCCGGCAGCCAGAGGUCUGUUUCAGGGAAACGCCUCCACGCCGACCUCCGCGCCGGGACUCGGAGGUUCGACUCCUAGCAUGGUGGCGAUAAACCGGAGGCGGAUCUUCAGCCUGGAGCCGUUCCACCAGAGCAGCAUCAUCAGCAGCCGGCUGAAGAGAGGGAGGGAGGACGACGACCGGAUGGGAAAUUCCAACAAGAAAACCAAAUUUACCAACGACUCGACACUGGACGACGUGAAGAAGCUGAAGGUUUGCAUCGAGCUGAACGGCCUCCGGCUCAACAAGCCCCGCCUCCCCGGGGAGCUCAGCCAAUGGCUGCCCGGCGGCCCAAGGUCGGUGGAGGUCGACAGGAAGUUCAGAAUGAGCCAGCAGGACGUCACGCCCAUCAGGGGGAGGUCAGAGGUUAACGGGAGCUGGUGUGACCCCACGUUUGUGAGGAGGGACGUCCCGAGAGUUUUCCACGUGGCCCCGCCCUCCUCCACUCACGGCCACCUCCCCCGGCAACCGUGCAGCCCCGCCCCCCGGCAACCCCCGCUCCCCUCCUCCCGCCUCCAGGACAAACAUCAGAAGCUGAAGGAGAGCCGCAGAGUGUCCACCUUCCUCCCUCCUUCCUUCCCUCCUCUUCCUCUUCCUCCCUCCUCCUCCUCCUCCUCACUGUCCUCACCUCCUCUCCUCCCUGACCCCCAUCCCUUCCGUUGCCGCGACGACGACCUCGACAAGCCCAAGGGCAAACGUCCCUGCAAGACGAAGCACAUGGGCGGCGAGACGGCGAGAGAUGGAGGAGAGAUGGACGAGGAGGAGGAGGAGGAGGAGGAGGAAGAGGAGAGGAGUGGAAAGGUCUCUCCAUCUCGCUCGCCCGGCCGCCGGCCUCCCUCUCCGCAGCACACACACGCCGCCCGGCCCGUCCCUCCGGAGGUUCGCCGCCUCAUCGUGAACAAAAACGCCGGAGAGACGCUGCUGCAGCGCGCCGCCCGCCUGGGAUACGAGGAGGUGGUGCUGUACUGUCUGGAGCGACGGAUCUGUGACGUCAACCACAGAGACAACGCCGGGUACUGCGCCUUGCACGAGGCCUGCGCCCGCGGCUGGCUGGGGAUCGUACGCCACCUGGUGGAGCACGGAGCCGAUGUCAACUGCAGCGCUCAGGAUGGAACCAGGCCGCUGCACGAUGCCGUGGAGAAUGACCACGUGGAGGUGGUGCGCUUCCUGCUGGCCUGUGGCGCCGACCCAACGCUCACCUCUUACUCUGGUAGAGGACCAAUCAACAUGACCCACAGCGCUGCCAUGGAAACCUUCCUGGAGGACUAUCUCUCUGACCUCCAGGGAAGGUCGGAGGGCGACCCGGGAAUCUACUGGGAGUUUUAUGGCAGCUCUGUGUGCGAGCCGUCCAGCGAGGGAGGAGUGUACAACAUCCUGGCUGAUCCGCCCGGACCAGAGGAGGAGGAGGAGGAGGAUGAAGAGGAGGAUGAAGACGAGGAGCAACGCGCCAGGAGGGAAGUGUUCGAGUUUGAGCUGUCCGACCAACCGCUGCUCCCCUGCUACAACAUCAAGGUGUCGCUGUCCCAGGGUCCCAGGAACUGGCUCCUCCUGUGCGACGUCUUGGGUCGCCUCCGGAUGACGUCUCGGUCUUUCCGGCGCCUCUUCCCUCAGCUGAACGUGCAGUCCGUCCCAGAGGAUGAGUUCUACCGGCAGGCGUCGCUGUCGCAGCUCCUGACGGGUCCCGAUGAACAGGAGCUGUCCUCCUUCAGGCCGGAUGCCAAGGACCCUCUGGAGCUGGUGGAGGCAACCCCAGAGCUGGCCGGCAUGCUCGGCUCAUCCCUGGAGUUUGUGGACAGUCGCUGGGACUCGCUGGAAACUUCACCACCUCCAACACCUCCACCGCCAUCCCCAAGACCAUCAGCAAGACCGCUGCAAUGUAUUCCGCCAUCAUUACCUCCACCGCGACAAGGGACAAUAGUAGAUGCUAAAGUGGACUGGCAAAACAGGACUGCAGAGUCUGGACAAUGCCAAGGACUUAAAAAUUUGGGAUAUGCUACUGCAGCUGCUACAACAGAAACCAAAAUGGAUGCUAGCAUGUGGGAACCACAGCAGCAAGGAAGUAAAAACGCUGGAGUUCUGACUACAACAAAUCCAAACAUACCAAUGAAUGCGAGAAUGUGGGAACCACAGAAACUACAGAAUAAGAAUGCUGGGAUUGCUAAUUCUGCUAAUCUUGACACUAAGAGGGACUCAAGCAUGUGGGAACAACAACGGCAAGGAAGUAAAUCCACUGUGAACACUCCCGUCAAGUCUGACAUGGCAGUUGGUGCUAACAUGUGGGAGCCACAGCGACUACGAAGUAGGAAUGCGAUGAUUCCAAAUUCGGUUAUUUCUGACAUGUCAGAACCUCAGCGACUACGAAAUAAGAACACUGGGAAUGCUAAUACUGCAAAUUCAAAUGGAGCCGCAGAUGCUAACACGUGGAAACGACAAAAUCAGGGGAGCAAGAACGGAGGUGGGGUUUCAGAUUCGACAAAUCCAGGUGUUGUGGUUGAUGGUGGCGUUUGGGAGCCACAACGAUUGCGGAGUAAGAACUCUGGGGUCACCAGCGCUGCAAAGUCGGAUGCUACAGGGGAUGCUAACACAUGGGAGCGCCAAGCGGCAAAGAGAGCAGGUGGUAACAGCACAGCCCCCAAAAGAGACGCCUGUGACACCCAAAGCCAAGGAGGUAAGACCAUAAAGAUGGAUGCUGCCUGGCAAAGGAACUUGGGGAACGUCAGAGUCCACAUCAGGGACCUGGGGAUGAAAGUUGGGGGAGGUACCAUCCGGAACGAAGUGAAGAAAGAGCCGGGAAAGGGCGCUGGAAAGGGCACCCGGGUUAAAACGAGGUCAUGACCUGACACAAAGGUCGCCCGGCAGACGAGAAUCACGUUGAGCUUUUAAAAAGUUAAGGUGAAGAUUCAGCAACAAAACAAUAUUACAUAAAGAAAAUGAUUUCAAACAAAUGGAAAUUAAAUUAAAACCAAUGUGUGAAUAUUGUAAAUGAGUAAACAUCAUAUCUGGACUCUUAAAAGGACAGUACGCCCUCCACGGAGAGACGGUAACAGUUAACGUGUGCUAUAUGUAAACUGUAAAUAUGCAUCUUUUUAUUUAUGAGUCCAAUAAUCACGAUUCUUUUAUCUGUUCUUUGUAAAUGCAGUUUGGUGUAAAUAUGAUGCCGUUUCAGUGGUCGAUUUGUUCUGGUCUGGAACAUUGUUUGUUACCUUUAUGUGUAAUUUUGUAUUCAGCAUCUUGUUGGCUUUCGUCACCAAACUAUUUAUUGUCCAAUAAAUAUGAAGAAGAAGGAAUAAAUGAAUAUGUUGUCUGA